CUGAAAUUGAUUUAAUCUUCAUACUUUCCCACCUCUAAGAAUCAAAAUUUAACAAUUCAGUUCCUUUCUCUUCCUCCAACUCCAAGAAAAGCAACCAAACAAGAAACCUCCUCCCCACUUUUUCUUCUUCUUCCAUUUUGUCCUGCUCUCCUUCCUCAAACUUGAAACCAAAGAAGGAAUUUAAAGCUAUAUUAAAUGCUGGAGCUAUUUAUUACUCCGCUCAGCCAUUCUGCAUUGCUUCCUUUAGGACCCCAUUUCGUCUCUUCUCCGUUUUGUCAUUUUCAGCCGUCUUGAAUUAACGCAGAGAGGUGGGCAUUGCUUUAACUCUUUGAAGUAACUCACGGGGCCUCCAUGCGUUAGUAUGUCUAUGUCGUCUCCUUAAUAACGGUCCUCACAUUCUUUCUUCUCAUUUCGUAUGUGUUCUUAGCAGCAGUGUUCUCUGUUCUCGUGUCAGUAUAUCUCUUGCUUUUUGUGAAUUCGUGCUAAGAUGAGUCAACUCAGGGUGAUAUUGCAGGAAUCGACGGGGAGAGAAAGAGGGUCGGUGACGACAAUAAUUAGGCUGUUGAGAGAGCAGAUGGACGGCAUCAGUGGAGAGAGGAGACGACGGAGUUUUAAAGAACGGCUGGGACUUGGAGCGAUUGGCUGUUGUGGUGGCGCUACCUGGGCCUCCCGGUCGACUAAUAUGAGCGUCAGAGAUGACAACGACGGAUAUGAGAGUGAAAGUCACCAGGUGGAAACAGUAGUAAGUUCGGUUCAAAUCCGAGCAGAGAACGGAUCGGAUCCGGAAUGUACGGAAACGACUCCGGUUUCAUCGGGUAUGAAUCUAGCUGCGGCUUUAGCAGCAGAGCGACAUUUCCGGGCAACGCAAGAACCGGAGGGAGGGGAGGUUGUGGGGCCAACGGAAAACGGAAACAACGACAUCGAGCCCGCAGUAGCACCGAGGACGCCAAUGAGGGUGUCAUUGAUGAGGCUGCUGGAGGAAACGGGGGGCGGAGAAGCGGAGGAGGAAAAAGGCGGGGGAACGGCGCCGGAAGGGAAUGAUUGGGUGUGCUGCGUGUGCAUGGGGAGGAAGAAAGGAGCAGCGUUCAUCCCAUGUGGGCACACGUUUUGCAGGGUGUGUUCGAGGGAAGUGUGGUUGAAUCGAGGCUCCUGUCCCCUCUGCAACCGAUCAAUCCUCGAGAUUCUUGACAUUUUCUGAACAAAAAAAGUGGUCAAAGAUUGAUGGCCAUGAUGGAAUUGUGAUGAUGGGAGCCUCGAGAUCAUCAAGUGGGGUUGCAUGAUUUUGAUGAUUUUUAUUUACUGCUACGUAGUAGUAUAUUAAUUAAAGGUUUUUUUUUUU